UGGUGUUAUUUACAUAACAGUAUAUCGUAUAUCAGUCUGAACAACCCUGUUACUAACCAGUCCAUGAAUUAUAAAUAAGGAGAAAACUGACUGUUAUAAAUUACUUAUUAAUUCAUUAUCCAGGUAGAAAGGGGUAGAAACUUUAUCUACCUGGCUAAAAACCACGCUUUAAAUCGGGCCAAAUUAGCUAUUGAAUAUAUUUUAAUCCCACUCGUCGUGAAGAGAGAAUGUGUUUUAACCAAUCGUUAAUUCUUUUGUGUUUAUCGAAAUAUUAAAAGGAUUUAAUUUUGUCAAUUGUUACAGAGAGAUAUUUAUUUAGGAUUUCCACCUGUCAAUAACUGGUGUGUCUUUUUGAUUUUUUGGGAUUAAUGAUUUUUCAGUGUUUUUCUGUGUGUUGUCUUUAAAUCAUGGAGUGACUUUAUAUUUGUGUAAAUGUGGAUAGCUAUGUGAUCAUUGUGUCCCCUCAAUAUUCAUUUAUUUACAAGGAUUUAUUAUCUUUAUUUCAACGAAAAUGCCAUCUAAAAAUGGGAUAAAUCGGUUGUAUCAUAGUAACGUGAAUCUUCCACGUUCUGUGACGCAAUACGAAAUUACAAAAAAUCUCGGAAAAUCUCUCGAACAUCUUCCGAAAUUCAAAACAAUAAUUGAUGAAAAGAAAAAAUCUCUUGCUCCCGAAGAAAAAGGAGAACGACUGUCUCUAUUAUUACCACAUAUAGAGCCGGAUUGUGAUUUAGAUUUAAGCGUCAACGUCAGGGAUGCUAGCGCCAGUUACAUUUCAACGCCUGAAAAUAGGGAAAACCGCGCGCGUAGUUCAGAUAAAAACAAUGAUGAGGCCCUGGAUUAUCUUACAAAUUAUGACGAUGAUAAUGAUACUGCCAAAUCAAAACUACAUAAACUAGGUAUAUAUGAAAUGGAGCACAAUUGGAUCCUACAUGAAACGUUAGAGAAAAAUUUAGAAGAUUUUAAGAAAAAAGGAAAAAAGUUAGAAAUUCCAGAACCCGAUUAUGAAUCAAAAGCUCCAGUUACAGAUAGAUUGAAGGAAAUAAGGUCUAUGUUAAAACCUCGCGCAGAAUUAGGUGAUUUUAUGAGUAAAAUGGACCCUGUACAGAGAGAGAAAAUAUGGAGAAUUGCUCAUAUGGAUCCUGAGACGUUGAAACAGUUUAAAUCACAAGAACCACGAGACACUAAAGCCAAGAUACAGGAAGCAGUUAGGUUUAUAAUCAAGAUUAUACAGGCUUGUAAUUCAAGAAAGAAAUAUUACAAAGCAGAUAAACCAAACACGGCUGCGACGUUAAAACGCAUGAAAAAGUCCAUAGACAAGGAAGACACAGAUAACUACGCUCGAUCUAGUAUUGGAUUUGACGUGCGCCUCUCGUUGAUAACAUCACCUGAAUUUAGAACAGUAACAGACCUAAAACGAAUUGCCUGGGUUCUAAGGGCCACGAAAGCAUUUAAAAAUUUAUUUCCAAUAGAAGUAGAAACAGAGCUGGCUAGAGUUGUAGCAUAUGAAAGAUACGACGCUAAUAGAGUUAUUUCGUAUCAAGGAAGAGACCCUGAAAGAUUUUACUAUAUCUUAACUGGAAAAAUUCAAAAAGUAAAAGAAUAUCGGUUGACUUCCGGUAUAGUCUCCCGGAAUGAAGGCUUCAUAGAGAAGGGAACAACGACAGAUGUUGAUGACCUUGAAGAAAAUUGGCCACGUGAUCACCAUCUUGUUUCCAGUGGACAAGUUGAAGUUCUUAUUAUACACAGAGACGAUUUUCUGAGGCUCAGGAACAGAACACAAGGUCCACCAAUAGAAUUUUUAAGAUCAUUAGAUUUAUUCAUGGAGUUUCCUGUAGAAGUGUUUAUCAACAAUCAAGAUGCCAUAGAUCUCCGUUAUUAUGGUCAGAAUAUAGUUAUAUGUGACGAUUCCAACAGAACCCCUUGGAUAUACAUAGUAAAAUCGGGGAAAGUUAAAGUAGUUAGAAUACAGACUGUCGUUAACACAGAACAAGACAACAAAUUGUUACGUGGGACAACAGAGGAAUUAGGUUGUGUACGAUCAUCUAGUCAUGCUGAUGCAAUGUUUGGGAACCUGAAUAAACAACGAAGACUAAAAGCCUUACGAAGCAAUACAUUUUCCUUGCCUGAGAUAAACGAUUCACCAGAACAGACAUUUCAAUUCUCAAGGAGUAAUUCCUUUGCUGAUGGCAUGAAUAUGUUAGCUGGUAUUACAAAACGUUUGAAACCUGCUCAAACUCAAGAUAAGAAACCUGUUUCAGCAGACCCAAAGGUCCUGAAGAAUAAAUUGUCUAAAUCAAAACGCAGUAAAAAACAAAAAUCUGCUAAAGUGACUGUCACUGGAGAAGACGUAAAGCCAGAUACUGAAGUCAAAGAAAACCAACCAACAGAAGACAAUCGAGUUUCCAAUCCAGUACAGGAAUACAGAAAAGAGAAAAUGUUUCCACCCAUUAUAAUAGAAUCGCCGAUUAAUACUCCAGUGGUUAAAUUAGACAUUAAGGACGAUUCUUUUAAACCUCAUGGAACAUAUCUUACACGAGAAAAGACGGAAUUCGAUCCAGUUUACUCAAAAAGACAGAAAAGAGAUACACAGUCCAGAAGGGCGUACCUACAGUUAGAUUUAUUACGGAGUGGAGAUAUAUUUGGUUUAGAUUCUGUAGCGAGGCGGUUCCAGGGACUACCAGAAGUGCCCGUUGAAGAGGGUUUGGAACAUUUACAUCCUACAAUGGCAUCAGAACCAAAAGGUGUUUCGUUGGUUAGUGACGGUGCAGAAGUUAUUAGAAUCAGUAAAAGAUUUUUCUUAUUACAUGCCAAAAAUAAUACAAUGCUUAGAGUAGAAACUAUGCAUCGAGAGUACAUGAACCCAGAGGAAGCAAGAGACAGUCUUUAUACCGCGGAAACAUGGAAUCAGUACAAAUCUGAAAUAAUGAAACGAAUGGUCAGUGCCUUGUCCUCAAGAGCGUGACGUAUGGUCAGUUCCUAGUCCUCAAGAGUGUGACAGAUGACAUCAGACGCUGUAUUUUUAUUGAAACAACUUGACUUCACUGACUACAAUGAAUUUCUGUUUUAUACUUGCUGCAAGCCUCAUUUAUUUAAUGGUCGGUAAUCUAAAUUCAAAUGUUGCUUGAUCUAACGUUAUUAUAAGGGAUGAAAUGGUAUUCAAUUUUUAGUCAUUUUUAUUUUACAUUUGUAAAAACACAGUUAAGAACAGUUUGAUCAUCACUAUUAAAAAGACUAUGAGGAACUGCAACAUUCUAUAAUGAGGUUCACCCGUUUUUAUAUUUUCAAAACUUUUAUACUGUGAAUUACAAAUUUCAUAUCCGGAACUGAAACCCAUAUACAAUUAAAUUGGCGUCAUUUUUUUUUUAAAUUCCAUAAACUGGAUAGAAUGAUAAAAAUACUAUUGGUCAAAUAAUAUAAAUGUAGUGCUCAUAUUUAUUGAACACCAGUGCUAAAACAGAUGGAAUUUUAGACAACCAUUUUAACUAAUCAUGUUAUAAUAAUUGAAUGCAUUUGUAAACAUGUACUUAUAAAGGUGCUGAUUUGUGUAGCAGUUAUAGAGAUGAUGGUUAUGUUUAUGUUUAC